AUGAGUUACUUUUUGAAAUAUGUCGAAAUUGAUAAUUUUAAAUCAUACAAAGGACAUAUUGUUAUCGGUCCACUACGAAAAUUUACGGCUAUCAUUGGACCAAAUGGAUCUGGUAAAUCAAAUCUUAUGGAUGCAAUUAGUUUUGUUUUGGGUGAACCAACAAAAAGUUUACGUGUUCGAAAAUUAUCUGAAUUAAUUCAUGGUGCACCAAUAAAUAAACCUGUUAGUACACGUGCAUCUGUAUCAUUAAUAUUUGUCUCAAUAAAAACUGAUCGUCAUGGUGAACGUACUGAACAUGAAAAACGUUUUCAACGUUUAAUUGUUGGUAAUGCAUCAGAAUAUCGUGUUGAUGGUCGUCAAUUAUCAGCAACAGAAUAUACUGAAGAACUUGAAAAUAUGGGUAUUAUACCAAAAGCUAAAAAUUUCCUUAUUUUUCAAGGACAAGUUGAAUCAAUAGCAAUGAAAACACCAAAAGAAUUUACAGCUAUGUUUGAAGAAUUAAGUCGUAGUGGAGAAUUACGUGAUGAAUAUGAACAAGCUAAACAAGAAAAAAAUAAAGCUGAACAAGAUACACAUGCAAAUUUUCAAAAAAAGAAAGGUGUUGAAAAACAAAAAAAAGAAGUACGAUUAGAAAAAGAAGUUGCACAAAAAUAUGCUGCAUUAAAAACACAAUAUGAUGAACUUCAAUUACAAUUAAAAUUAUUUCAAUUAUAUCAUAAUAAACAAGAAUUAAUGGAAAAACGUGAAAUAGCUGAUAAGAAAAAAGAUGAAGUUAUUAAAUUAGAAAAACGAAAAGAAAUAUCCGAUGAAGAAAUUAAAGCAAAAAAAAAAGAAUUAGCUGUUUAUAAUAAAGAACUUGCAAAUGAUGAACAAAAAGUUAAAGAAUUGGAAGCACAAAUUAAUAAACAUCGACCAACUUAUAUUAAAGCGAAAGAAAAUUCAACUCAUCAUCAGAAAAAAAUUGAUCUUGCAAAGUAA